GCCGGGGCUGACGUGCUGCUCCGGGUGUGUGUGUGUGUGUGUGUGUGUAGCUGGAUCCGCCGCUGUCACUAACACAUGUAGGUCGCUGCAGCGGCGGAGCAGAUCGGCCGCGCCGUGUGUGCGUGCGAGAGAGAGAGAGAGAGCGUAAACUCCCUCGCUCCCUCUCCAGAAGAAAGAAGCCCCGUCCUCCACUUGGCCUUCGUUGUUGCAACCCCCCCCCCCCCACCCCUCCGACUGAUCCACCCAAAAAAAGAGGCUCCAGGACUAACCCGCCGCUCCGCAUGCACAGAAGUUAGCAGCCGGACAUCUCAAAGGCAAGAACUUCGGUUUACCUUGCGCCGUCAGCAGCCGACACGAUAGAGAAAGCGCACAUAAAGAGCUUUCGUGCUAUUUCCAGACAGCGACCGAUUAAAAUACCAUCAGGCCGAUCUGUGGGAGUGCGCUGUGUAAAAGACUGGCGAUUGGAUUUCUUCAUUUGCAAUCGAAUUCUAGACGCGUCUUUCAAGAUCAUCACAAAUAUCUGAUAAGCAACCAUUAAAAAAAACACUCCACAUAUACGCACGCACACACACACACACUACCGACCAAGCGGAGAGCAGAUUCGAGCAGCUUUGCCAUUUGAAACAAAAACAUAAGAAUAUAAUGGUGAACAACGGGAACUCACAGACGCCCACGGCCGGCGUGAACCGCGCGGGCUUGGCUUGGAAAACGUGCGCCGGCUGCGGGGGUAAAAUCGCCGACCGGUUCCUCCUGUACACAAUGGAGAGCUACUGGCACAGCCGUUGUCUUAAGUGUUCCUGCUGCCACGCUCAGCUCGGAGAGAUCGGCACUUCUUGCUACACCAAGAGUGGCAUGAUACUGUGUAGGAACGACUACAUCAGAUUGUUUGGGAAUAGCGGAGCAUGCAGUGCAUGUGGACAAUCUAUCCCAGCCAGUGAGUUGGUCAUGAGGGCACAAGGCAACGUCUAUCAUCUCAAGUGCUUUACCUGUGCCACCUGCCGAAAUCGUCUUGUCCCUGGAGACAGGUUUCAUUAUAUCAACGGCAGUUUAUUCUGUGAACAUGACAGACCCACGUCCCUUAUCAAUGGACAUUUGAAUCCGCUUCAGAGCAAUCCUCUACUAUCUGACCAGAAGGUUUGCUGAGAUGGCUUGGAGCAGUGCAGAAAGCGUGCCUUCAUCUUUUCAAUCUGGCUCAUCGCAAGUGGACCCCACUUUGUUCCAGUAGACAGUCAUGUUUUUUGGCUGGUUUCAAUGCCAGGUACACGACGACAUUGCACACUUGUAUACCCUCGCUAGUUUGCUCUCACCAAGCUCUUCUUGCAUUCAAAAUGACUUGAGGACACUAGGUUAAGGAUUCUGUGAACCCCGGGCUAAUAACUGUUCAGAAGGUGUGGGGGUGGGGAGGGGGGUUGUGAAGGUAAAAAAAUAAUCAAAUGGCCAUUGAAGGACAUCUGGGAUAAUGACAAAUUAAACUCAUUAUUGGAGGUUUUGAAACGUGCUAUGUACCUACAUUAAUAAUUAGCAGGGCACUGGCCUUGGGUUCCCCCCUCCCCCUUGUAUUCUAUUUUUCUUUAAAACAUCCUUGCAAAAAAAAAGUGUUGGCUCUUUGUAUUUCUAAGUGUUGUAAAGACAAUGUGUUUAUUGCUAUUAUUAAUAAAGAGGCAGCAAUGGGAGAAAAAAAAAUCCAGUGAUCUUUGUGGUAGUUCUCUAUCAUAAACACUUGUAGUGGUUCUCUGUACAAUAACAUGUAUGCAUGCAUGUAUGUGACUUGUCAAAUGUUGCUUCUCUCUAAACCCCCCGUCCCACCCCCAGCAGAAACAUCCCAGCUUUCCAGUCUCUUAUGUAGGACUUUAAGAAUGGAAAUUUUAUUUGUGAUAUUUUCAAACAAAAAACAUUUGCUCUAGUAUGGUGUAUUUAAAUAAUAAAAAGCUUGAAAUGGGGAAAGAUAAGUUUUGUGUGUUCUUAAUAGACUUAAAUAAGUACUAUAAACUCCAGUAAAGCUGUUUGUUGGAAAUGAGUUUGUUUUAAUGCCAACUUUUAAUGUGUCCU